CCAUUCUCACGUUGACACCAUCACACACCCUCGCCCUCCCUUCUCUUCCUUUCCUUCGUAUUUGGUUGCAAUAAGGAGAAAAGUGAAGAGAGACAAGGAACUCUUUUCUCCUCUCUCUCUCUCUCUCCCUCCGUGUGAUGAGGCAGCAGUCGCAGCUACCGCACCGGUCACCGCCCAUCUCUCGAUAAAUGCAUCAUAAGAGAUCGGAAUCCGAGAUCGGAAAGGAAACCCACGCUCCCUCUUCCUCUUCCGGUUUCCAUCCGCGUCCUCCUCCUCUCCUCCCUCUCUUCCACCCUUCCGCCCCCAACCCUAACCCUAAUCUCGAUUCCCCCCAUGGGCUCUCCGUCCCCCACAAGCGGCCCAUUAUGAACCCUCCCGGCGCCGCCGAGCCCUCGCCCUCCGCCAUCGCGACCUCCCCCGCCCCAGUCCGCCGGCGCCUCGCCCCCUCCGCCGCUGCCGCCCGCUCCGCGGCCCGCCACAUCCUCCGCCGGCUCCACCUCCGCCUCCGUCUCUUCCUCCUCCUCUCCUUCCCCUCCCUCUACCUCCUCAUCACGUCCUCCGGUGACGCCGCCCCCGAUCGCUCCUUCCUCCUCGACUUCUUCUCCGCGGUCGCCUUCUCAUCCGUCCUCCUCCUCGUCCUCUGCGUCUCACUUAACGCCCUGCCCCUUCCUUCCUUCCGUCUCCUCUUCUCCCGCUCCUCCGCCCUCCUCCUGCCACGCCACCACCUCCCACGCCGCACGAGCCCCGUCCUCUGGUCCAUUGGCAGCUCCUCCUCCCCCGACAAGCCCAAGGUCGACCGCCGCCCGGCCUCGGGGUCUGACGUUCAGGUCUACAGCAAUGGGGAUAUCUUCGAGGGCGAGUUCCAUCGGGGCAAGUGCUCAGGGAGCGGGGUGUACUAUUACUAUAUGAGCGGCAGGUUCGAGGGCGAUUGGGUCGACGGGAAGUACGAUGGGUAUGGGGUGGAGACCUGGGCCCGAGGGAGCCGAUAUAGGGGCCAAUACAGGCAGGGACUCCGGCAUGGGUUCGGGGUGUAUAGGUUCUACACGGGUGAUGUGUAUGCAGGGGAGUGGUCGAACGGGCAGAGCCAUGGAUGCGGGGUGCAUACAUGCGAGGAUGGAAGCCGAUAUGUUGGGGAGUUCAAGUGGGGGGUGAAGCAUGGGCUUGGCCACUACCAUUUCAGGAAUGGAGACACGUAUGCUGGGGAAUACUUUGCAGACAAGAUGCAUGGAUUUGGGGUGUAUCGUUUUGCAAAUGGGCAUAGAUAUGAAGGUGCCUGGCAUGAGGGCAGGAGACAGGGCUUGGGAAUGUACACAUUCCGAAAUGGGGAGACACAGUCAGGUCACUGGCAAAAUGGUGUCCUUGAUACUUUGAGCACGCAGAGCAUUAAUCUCGCAUCGCCAGUUGCUGUAAACCAUUCAAAAGUUUUGAAUGCAGUCCAGGAAGCUCGAAGAGCAGCAGAAAAAGCCUAUGAUGUGCCUAGGGUUGAUGACAGGGUGAACAGGGCUGUUGCUGCAGCAAAUAAGUCGGCCAAUGCAGCUAGGGUCGCUGCAGUAAAAGCUGUUCAAAAUCGCAUCCCUGACAAUGGUGAUGACAUACGAAACCACAUUGUGUGAAACAUGCUUCAAAUUUGGACAAAUAAGUCUUUGAAGAAUUACCAGUGUCUGCUUUGGACAAUUAGCGGAUGUCCAGAAGCGAGCAUCAAUAAGAAACUUCCAAGCUUCAUCCAUGCAGCAUAUUGUGUUCUUUGUCUUCCCUCUUUUCUCUUUCCACUGCUAUGCUUCAACUGACCUCACUGUGAGAUACUUUCAGUUGUCGAAGAUAACUGAUAGACGACUCAGAUUUCAGAUUUCUUUUGCCUUUUUGCUUGCGCUAUGUAAGACGUGAAUGUGAUGACUGUUCAUCACAAUGCGGAACUGGUGGAUUAUGUUUCGGUCUGUGUAGAGAGUUGUUGUGUGUCCGGCUGUGCAGGCUAGAGAUCAAUUGGUUGUAUGCGGAACCUUGUCAACUUUAUGGAUAUCUUCAGAUCA